CAAGUAGAGGUCACUUAGGUUAUUUACGUCAAAAGGAAAAUUGAACAGAAAUCGGCUUCAAUAUCGCCGGUUGAGUAAAUAAAAUUAACGAAAAUGCCUGCGAAAUACAAGAUUGUUAUGAUUCGCCACGGCGAAAGUGAGUGGAACCAGAAAAACCUUUUCUGUGGAUGGUUUGAUGCCGACCUGAGCGAUAAAGGACGCGAGGAAGCCGUUGCUGCAGGCAAGGCUUUGAAAUCCGAAGGAUAUGAAUUCGACGUUGCCCACACCUCAGUGCUGAAACGCGCUCAAAUCACCCUGAACACCAUCUUGAAUGAAAUUGGGAAACCUGAUCUGCCCGUAGAGAAGACCUGGCGACUAAACGAGAGGCACUAUGGUGGUCUCACUGGUCUUAACAAAGCGGAGACUGCUGCCAAGUACGGUGAAGCCCAAGUUCAAAUCUGGCGUCGUAGCUUCGACGUUCCUCCCCCACCGAUGGAGAAGGACCAUCCUUAUUACGAUACCAUCGUAAAGGACCCCCGCUAUGCUAGCGACCCAAAACCUGAAGAGUUUCCCAUGUUCGAGAGCUUGAAGCUCACUAUUGAGAGGACACUGCCUUACUGGAACAAUGUUAUUGUUCCCCAGAUUAAAGCUGGAAAGAGAAUUAUUAUCGCUGCCCACGGCAAUAGCCUUCGGGGUAUUGUUAAGCAUUUAGAUGGUCUGAGCGACAGCGCCAUCAUGGAACUGAACCUGCCAACUGGCAUUCCAUUCGUAUACGAGUUAGAUGAGGACAUGAAACCAGUCGAUUCCAUGGUCUUCCUUGGUGACGAAGAAACUGUAAAGAAAGCGAUGGAAGCCGUUGCUUCCCAAGGCAAGGCCAAGUAAAUAUUAAGUCAAAUCUAUAAUUUAUUUUAUUGUAGUCGUUGAAAUUGUAACGGUUGACAUUAUUGUAAAGGAUCUAAGUAAGUGUAAUGUAUAAAUGUGAAAUAUCGUUCAGCGUGUAGUAUACAGCAAAAAGUUGGCUAAGGAAUCUCUACAAAAUGUUUGGAUUGAUAUUCAAAAUUAGCUGCUAUAUCUGAGAGAUUUUCUAUUGGGUGUAUGCCAAGACAUACUUUGAAGAUGUUACCACAAGAGUUUAAAUAUGUUUAUUUAUGUAGAGAGCUUGAGGAUAACGAAUAAAAUCUGAUUGAAAAUUCUAAA